AACUGAAAAUGGCGCCAGAACUCCAAUUCUUCAAGCCCAUCUUGCCUCCAUUUCAACAACUUUCCAUACCUAAAGCUUUUCUGAAGCACCUAGUCGAUGAGAUGUGUGAGGAGGGAGUAGGAGAAGCCACAUUGAGGAACCAUCGAUGUGCCUCAAAAUCUUGGCGUGUGAAAGUGAAAGGGUUCUGUUUCACUGUGGGAUGGGACGAUUUCAUUCGUGAUAAUGAUCUUGGCUUUGGGGAUUUUGUCGUGUUUGCAUAUAAAGGUGCCAUGGUCUUUGAUGUUAAGGUUUUCGACCGAAGCUCAUGUGAGAAAGAAUACCACCAUCCACCAGCAACUGUUGUUAAAAGGGAAUUCCAGAAUCAGCAAGAGAAAGACUACAACAGACUCAAGGAAGAAGAAAUCAAGAUAGUUAGUAGUCCUCUGAGUGGGCAAUUCACGACUCCCUGCAUUGGACCAAAGGCAACCGGAGAUGCUUUUGAGGUUUUAAUAACAGAAAAUAAAAUCAGGAAGGCUAGCUCUGUGGGUGUUCCCAAGGAUUUUGCGGUGGCUAACGGUUUGAUUGGGAAAAUCUUCCAAGCCAUCUUUAGAGAUGAAAGGGGGAAUUCGUGGUGUGUAAGACUGAACCAAGAUAGUGGUCGGGUGCGCAUGGGAUGUGGUUGGUGUAAGUUCGUAUCCGGAAAUUACUUGAAGGAAGGAGACACUUGCGUUUUCAAGCUCGUUAAUUGCGGAAAGAUAUGUAGCAAAGUUGAAGAUACAAUUGUGCUUGAUGUUACUACAUCAACCUCCUCCUCCUCCUCCUUCAAUGAUGGUGAUGGAUUUUCGAAGAACAGUGACCAGAUUGAGAUUAGACCCAACAAUCCAUUCUUUCUGUUCUCACUCAGGUCAUAUAUCUUGAAGUGGUCUCGUUUGGAUAUACCCCGGCCCUUCGUUAGAGAGAGUGGUCUAAUCGGGAUCAAGAGAAGCUUCACAACAACUCUGAGAGAUGGAAAGGGGAGGUCAUGGAGGGUGCUGUUGAGAAACAGCAAGACUAGCAAAGCAGUCUUUUACUUACGUGGUGAUUGGGUUGGGAUCUCAGCUGUAAAUGGAUUGAAAGAAGGAGAUACCUGCAAGAUUGAGCUCAUUCGCAGGGGAAAGUUGCAGGUCGUGGAGUUCCGCAUGCUAUUAUGAACUUUGAAUCCGGCCAUGAAAACUUGAGUUAAUGAUCAAUUAACUUUAUUGUACAAAUGCUUCUGUUUUAGUGAUUUUGCUGCUUGGUUCUUGUUUCUUUGGUUCUAUAAUACCCUGUACGCUGUAGAUUGUAGCCUGAAGGUGUGGAAAAUUAUUCAUUGAACAACAAUUUUUCCCAUGUAAGGAGGCCAAUCCCAGUCGGUUGGUUCAGUCUGGUUUCGAUGAUGUUGAAUCGGUUUUGGUCUGUUAUUGAGCCAACCCAAAACUAAACUGUUGAAGUUUCAUUUU